AUGUCGCAACCCCAGGAGUUCAGAUAUUUCUCUUCUCUGCCCGCCGAGCUUCGCCUCGAGAUCUGGCGCUUGAGCUGCCAACCACGUGUGGUCGAGGUCCGGUACGCGGCCGCAACAGAUACGUACCACUCGACCGCUGCACCACCCGCCAUCGUACAAGCCUGCCAGGAGUCGAGAGCAGAAGCGACGAGGAUAUACAGGAGAGGCUUCCAAACACGCGGCCAGGAACACUACAUCCACUUCUGCCCGUACCUCGACGUCUUGUACAUCCCCCGCGACGGCGAGAUGGGCUACGACGACACAGCCCGGGACUUUGCCAGGCUGAUCCCGGACACGGCACGCAGCGUGCUCAGUCUCGCCAUUGACCAUGUCAAGACCGACGUGAUCCGCCCGUGGGAGCCCUACAACAAGUUCUGCAUCAUACAAAGCUUCCCCAACCUGCAACAGGCCUUCCUGGUCGUCGGCUCUGUACACGACGGGAAGAUUAACGACGACGACGACGACUUCAAUUCGGGUAUCGAAUUUGUCGACCCCAAGGGCGACCCGGCGACCAUCUUGCGCAUGAUAGACGGCGUUCUCGAGUCCUUCUGCUACGAGCUCGGCCCUAUCACCUGCGGCCUGGGGCGCAAGGAGGAUGUCUGGUUCUCUCCCCCCAUACCAUCCCUGAUCCCCAAGGCAAAGGUGCUUCAUGGUCUGGACAAGUCGGGCCCAGACACGAGUUCAAUAGUGUGCUGGCAGCUGGACUAUGAGGUUGGCUGGCACAUCGGAGUUCAUGUUGCUCCCGCAUUGGAAAAGGAGCGCAUCCUAAAAGGGAAGGAGUCGGCGCACCGCUACCGUUGA